CAGACCGACAGGUCGCAGCGUCACAGACAGACAGGCAGACAGACAGGUCGCAGCGUCACAGCCCUGUGUGUCGGUCGGGACCUAGCGUUAGCUGCGGUGUAAGCUGCGGGGGAGAGGCGGUUCUUGAAGGCGUGGAAACCCACUUGACGUUACCGAUAACGGGAUAUCGAUCCCAAGUGAUCGGUGCCGAUGAAACGACCCGUCUCGUGUGGACCCGGAGGAGAAGAAGAGACUUUUACAGUCACACGGUUCUUCAGAUACAACCGGAAGGACCCACCAGAGCCCGGAUGUGUGGACUAACGUGUUGAAGAGGACUUUGUAGAGGGAGACGGACCCGAACGGAGCCGAGCGACACCGAGCGGGUCCGAGUGAGCGAAGCGUUUUUAACGGAGUUGUCUGGAGGAAACGUUUCUGUGAGCUCGUGAAGAUGUCUAAAGUCCAACAGCUGAGAUGUUUAGUCAACCAGCGACUAACUGCGGCUGCGCAAGAGAUCUUUGGUCUGUUGGAAAGAACGAUAGCAGAGUACGAGGAGGAACUUUGUAGUUCCAGAGAGGAGAACGAGCGACACCGGAAACGACUGGACGCCGUGUUCAACCCGGAAGUCCGGUUACAAAGAGCAGAUCUUCUGCUCUCCAGCUUCAGGCUGCGUUUGCUUCACUGGAACUUCCCUGAUGGAGGACUGGUUCCUCCUCUUCUGCAGCCCAAGGCUUUAUUAUAUUGUUCUUUAUCAAUAAAAGGACAAUUAAUGACAACAGAGGUCAUGCUUCUCUCAGAGCCCCCCCACAUUAAAGAGGAACAGGAGGAACUCUGGACCAGUCAGGAGCGAGAGCAGCUUCAAGGGCUGGAGGAGGCUGGUCUCAAGUUCUCAUUCACUGUAAAGAGUGAAGAUGAUGAAGAGGAAGCUCAGUCCUCUCAGCUUCAUCAAAGACAAACUGAACACAUGGAAACAGAAGCUGAUGGAGCGGAUUGUGGAGGACCAGAACCAGACAGGAAGUUAGAUCCAGAAAGACAUCCAGGACCAGAUACUGAUGAGACUGAGGACAGUGCUGAUUGGGAGGAGACUGAGGACAGUGAUGAUGGGGAGGAGACUGAGGAACCUCAGUCAGAUGUGAACCCUCAAAACAAAGAAGUACCUGUAGGUGAUGUGAACUGUAGUACUGGAAAUACAUCAAUCAGCUCUCCUGAAUGUGCUGGAAGCUCUGACCACAAGGGACAUCUGGAGAAACCCACUAGCUCCAAAACAGGAGAGAAACCAUUUCAAUGCUCUGUGUGUGACAAAAGAUUUGGAUUAAAUAAGACUCUAAAGAGACACAUGACUGUCCACACAGGAGAGAAACCAUUUCAAUGCUCGCUUUGUGAGAAAAGAUAUGGAUUCAAUAACGCUCUAAAGAGACACAUGGCUGUCCACACAGGUGAGAAACCAUUGAGUUGUUCAGUGUGUAGUAAAACAUUUACACAAAAGGGACACCUGAACAGUCACAUGACUCUCCACACAAGAGAGAAACCAUUUAGUUGUUCAGUUUGUAGUAAAACGUUUUCACAAAAGGGAAACCUGAACGUUCACAUGACUGUCCACACAGGAGAGAAACCAUUUAGUUGUUCAGUUUGUAGUAAAACAUUUACACAUAAAGGAAACCUGAACGUUCACAUGACUGUCCACACAGGAGAGAAACCACUUAGUUGUUCCAUGUGUAGUAAAACAUUUAUACAUAAGGGACACCUGAACUAUCAUAUGAAUGUCCACAAAGGAGAGAAACCAUUUAGUUGUUCAGUAUGUAGUAAAACAUUUACACAAAAGGGAAUCCUGAAAGUUCACAUGACUGUCCACACUGGAGAGAAACCAUUUAGUUGUUCAGUUUGUGAUAAAACAUUUUCACUAAAGCACACUCUGAAACGACAUUUAAUUAUCCACACUAGAGAAACUAAUUAGUCGUGGAGUUUCUCAACAAGAUUCUCUUGUCUCGGUUAUUCCAAAAAUCGUAAAUGUAUUUAUGAGAGUCUCUAAAUAAACAUUGUUAAACAUUUAAAAACUGUCAGGCUGAUACAGACUCCAACAUAAAUCUAUUCAGCUGAGAUUAAGCUUCACAUCAAUUUAUAUUCUUUGACGUCAGUUUCUCUGGUAUUGUCUUAUGUUUCAUGUGUUAUGUGUUGUCAUGUAUAUAUGAAUUUAAAUGGUUUUCCAUUGUCAAAGUAUUUCAUGUCCUCUAUGCAGCACUGUGGUUUGAGCUGAAUUCUCAUCGGUGAUGAAACUGAGGAACAUUUGUAACCUUCUUUCUCUUCAGCAACGUUUCUCUUCAGUUUAAACUCAAUACUUCCUUCAUUUAGUUUUACUGUAGAAACUGACAUUUUGUUCCAUAACUGAAG